CUCCCGGCAGACCCGAGCACAGCCCGCUGCUGACGGAGGCGCCCAGCGAGAGUCCUCAAGGCUGAAGCACUAAGGAAGGGCUCGCGCUUCCCCUUCUCCCUCCCUACCCCCGGCGCGCGCUCCCCUGGGGAGGGGGAAGGGGUCAGGGGUGCUCAGAUCACGGAUCUGGAGAGAAAGGGGCGUCAGGGGGCGGGGAGGGGAAAGGUUGCAUGGAGUUUGGUUGGGGCGCUCCCUUGGCAACAAAGUUUCCCGAGGUCUAAGACACAUUAGAGAAGAUGCCUGCAGCUGCAAAGGCAACUGCAAAAACCCUCUCCUUAAUUUCUGGCUUGGCUGCGAGGGAAAGCGGCACUGAUUUUGGGUGCCGUUAAAGGCGACAUGUUGAGAGAUGGGCGCUAUGAGGCGCGGGAAGCAAAAACUCCUGUGAAGUUCCCCUGCACAAGCACCCUCGAAAGGAGCCACCAGUCGCUGCAUCCUGGGAGAAGCGUGGUGUUGCUCCUUCCUCGCCAUCUCCAGGGGUGAGGGAGAGGAAAGCCCCCUUUCCUUGACAGCCACUGGGGUCCGAUAUGGGGGAGUGUUUGCCCACAGAUGGCAGCUUGUUUGCCAUCUCUUGUCGGUGGCAGAUGGCUGGCUUUCUCCUUCCUCCCUCCCUCCCCACGCAUGGGGAUGUGUGUGUACCGUAAAAACUGUAUCGGUAAUAAAAAAAAAUAAGACAUCCCACCAAAAGUAAGCCACCCUGUGUUUUUUUGAGAAAAAAAUGUUAUAAGACGGUGUCUUAAAAAAGGGGAAACACGGUAUAUCUUGGAAGCAGCAGCAGUUCUUGAAAAUUGCCCUUCUAACACUGUUGAAGGGUGGCACGUAAAUCGUGUAAGAGAAAUAAAUACAAUGAUGGCGUGACCUGAUAAUGAGAGGCGGGUUUUGUAUAUUAUAAAUCCUUAAAUAGCCUUGAAGUGAAAGUGAAGGGUGGGAAAGCGUUAUACUUGAGAUACAGAAGUGUGAAAAGCAUAACUUGCAAAGGUUACUGUAGGCCAGGGUGAUUUAGCAGACAACUGAGCAAGGAUUUGCAUUUGGGGGAGAACCUCCUGGUGUGCAAAAGUGUGCUUCAUUGAGCCCAGCACAUUUCUAAUACAGUGGUCCCUCGACUUAUGAAGUACUCAGCUUACAAAAUUUCGAGUUACGAAUGGGGGGGGGGGAAUGGCCACACGCUUACGUUUUUUUCGACACCUGAAAGGAAAACCGUUGCAGUUUAUAUGGGGUUUUCUCGACUUACGAAUUUUAGAUGCGGUUAACUCAACUUACGAAUUUUUCCGUUUCCAAUGCAUUCUUAUGGGAAAGCGCUUUUUUUUUACUUACAAACUUUUCGACCUACGAAUGUGCAUUUGGAACGGAUUAAAUCCGUAAGUCGAGGGACCACUGUAUGAAUUUGUCAGGUGCUCUUAGACACAACGAACUUCACUGUCUAGUCUCCCAACUUGGUUGCAAAAUAAGUUGCAAGAAUUUGAACACCAAAGACUCAAGUUGAUUGUGCCUAAGAGGUGCCCCCCCCAUAAUAAAUAUUCAAUGUGCUUCUUUUCUACUGCAUCUGGUAUGUUGAGCUGGUUGAGAACAUAUGCAGUGUUUUCUUAUGGCACUUUUCAUCCUCAGAGGUUCCAACCUGUUUGUUUGUUUUUUCAUUUGCAAGCCAACUGAGUAUUUGUAUCUGAGGAAGGUAGAAGAAAAUGUGCAGUGUGAGACAAGUUUUAAUCUUUGCAGCCUAUUUUGUAUUGGGCACUUUGGAUGUGGAGGUUGUUUAUGAAAGGCAUCACUUUCUUUGCAGUUCUUAUAAGCGUGCUAAAGAAUUUAAAUUAAUGGGAGGAAUUGCCAUGCAACUUUAUAACAGACAUGCCUGUGAUAAUUGCUCCACACAUUGUGGAUUUCAUAAGGCAUCUCCAGACUUGCGCUGCCUAGGGCCAUGGUAUCUUAUAAAAAUUGAAGAUGAUUGCCCACGGAAAGCUGUUAUGUUGAAAAAAACAUGCAAGACUCUUUUGUUAAUUGCUUUUUAUAUAUUGAAAAAAAUCAAACUAAUGUAACAUGUUCCUAAGUGGAGGAUGAGAUAUUUACAAGUAAUUUAACUCACCAGAAGGGAAGAUAUUUAGGAGCUACUUUUGGCCUCUCCCAUCUUCACUUGAGGCUUGUGUAAAAGAUUUUUGUAAGAAUAUCCAAGGUUUGCUUCAUUCUUAGAGGCUUAACGUUCAUGAAGAUUAGGAACAUCUUAAACUGAGUGAGACCAUUGGUUCAUCCAGCCCAGUAUUACAUUUGACAGCAGCUCUCAAGGUUUUUAGACUGAAGGGAUUUUUCCCAGUCCUACCUGAAGAUGCCAGAGAUUCAACCUAUUAAAUGCAAAGCAUUUGCUCUACAACUGAGCUUUGGACGUCACCCAAAAUCUAAUACCCAAGACCACAUAAUUGCAUGGUUUCUUGAAGCUUAUUUUGUAUACUAAUGAGCCGAAUCCCUAUUAAAAGUUGAAAAGUUACAUAUCACAUUGUUAUCUACACUGCAUACAAUGUAUGUAUAUGUCAUGUACACUCUUAACUUCUCAUCAGGGGAAAGACAGCUAUAUUCAGUACUGUACUAUCAAAGUAAAAGUUUAAUCUUGUCCUAUAGCUGGUUUUAUGGUAUAAAAAUUAACCAGAAGAAACAGAUCUUUGUUUGGUUAGAUCUGUGCAUCUCUGCUUGACAACAAAUCAUAUUGGAUACUCUUGUUUUCUCUUGGUGGUUUGUAAUGUCUGUAUUUUGUUGACGUUUACAAUUGUAGAACAGUAGCGUUUAAUUUAGCAUAGGCUGUGUGUGUCUGUUGUGCACUACAUAUUAAUGCUGUGUCCAGCACACUAAAUUGUUUGUUAAAAGUUUAAUCAUAGAAUUGUGGAGUUGGAAAGGAGCAUGAGCGCCAUCAAGUUCAAUCCCUUGCAGCGUUCUGCACUAGGCUCUGUUCUUUCCAGUCUUACACAUUUUUUACUCAGAAGUAAGAUCCAUUAUUUUUAAAAUAACAAGUACCUUAAGGCCAACUUUAAUUUGCAGAACCGUAAAUCUGAAAAAGAAACAAGCACACAUCUCCGCCAUAGCUGAGUAUGUCAAAUCCUACUGAAUUCAGUAAGAGUUUUUGCCUCCAGGCUAAUUUGGUCCUGGAGUGGCACUUCAAAUGAGUCACAGCUUUUUAAAAUUAAUUUAAAGGUUCUUACACUUUCUUCUGGUUCUGAAAAAAGGCAACUAACUUGAAGCUGUAUGUUAUAUGCAUUUAUUUAAAGAAGUAUUUGCUUUUAAACAUUAUGCACGGUGUUUUGUAACCUGCCCGUCACCAAGUGGUCCCAAAUUAGGGGUGCACACAUCAUUAAAAUAAUACUAAAAUGCAAUACACAUAUAAAAAUCUUAAAACUAGUAAUUAGAAAAAUGUGCAUCCCUGCUUCAUGGAGCAGGUGAAUAAAUAAUUUCAAAUUAAGUGACUUAUAACGGGAAACUUAACCUGAGAGUAUUAAAAGACAAGUUUUAUGAAAAGGUUAGCAAUUAAUGUUCUAUUGUCCAAGUAAAGAUACAUAGACAACAUCUUUCUGUAAUGUUGUCUAUGCCUUGCAUUUUCCUUUUCCAAUUUUAGAAACAUUUUCUUGAAAUCUUAUGUCAAGCUUAGAAAAGAAAGUAUAAUUUUUUAAAUGCUGAUUUGAUUCCCCCCAUAAAUUUUCUAUUGCUUUUGAAAAACAACUAUUUAAUUAUAUUCCUCUGCUCCCUUGGUCUCAAACAUUUACUUCUCCUGUACCACUUUUACUUUCGUCAGAGGUGUUUGUUUACCGAAAGAAAAGACCUCAGUAGACAACUGAAAGAAGAGGAUAAUGAGACAUUUGUUCUUCUGCCUUGGAGAAGAUAUUUCAUAUUAUUCUACUUUGGUGCAAAGAAAGGGGUUUCGGCUCCUACUCUUGACAUCCUGCCUGGGAGCAUCCUUCUAGUCUGCAAACUGAGGCUGUGGGGGGGGGGGGCUCCCAUUUACUCUGCACCCAGUGAUCUCCUGCCACUAAUUUGUGAAGCCAUGUAGGCAAGAUAUUAGUCACAAUUCAGCUUUAUCCCAUAGUUUCUUGAGUAAUGCUGCAUUUGGAUUCAUUUCCCCCCCAAACCAGUUUUGAUCUGAUUUCAAAACAUAAGCCAUAUGCGGACAUCCACUCUCUUGCCCACUGGUGUGGAGAGCCAGCAGGAGACGUUGAACACACAUGAAACCGUUCUGGUGUGGACAGCGAUGUGCAAAUGCAAUAUGAAACACAGCAGUAAACAACCUUUGCUGUUCUAAUACAGUAACGUGCGCACGGCCUGAGGUUGUGUGGUAAACUUACUGCAUUGCCCACUCCUUUGGCCAAGGGAAGGGAGAAACAUGACUGUAUUUCUCCACAAAGAAGCUUUUGUUCUUGUCAUGGUUAUUUGCCAGCCUAUGGAAGAGCCCUAAUGAGUUCAAUAGGAGUUGUGCAGCAUGGGUGUUUGGUGGGAUUGAGCCCAAGAGACACAAAUUUGCAGGCUUUGAUGUUCGUGCAUAUCUGUGUGUGUUUAGGUGCUUCCUCUGAGCAAGGGGGAAAUGCUCUCAACGGGCAGUGAGAAGCCCAUGAAGUACUUUCUCUAGACAGGAGAGAGCAAGAAACCUCCCUUUUGAUCACACCCAAACUGUAUUAUGAACAGACCUCCUAAAACCUCAGGAAAGAUGACCGAACUUUUCCGUGUAUAAGACUCAAAAUAGAGAAAAUGGGGGGAGAUUGCCCAGAGGUGUUGAGCUUUUAUUGGGGGGGGGGUGUUUUGCUGAAAAUCGCUCACCCGCAGGAACGCAGCAGCCAAUCGCAUGCAUAUUGGAGAAGACACCAAUUGCCCACCCAGUUGCCGCAGCAGCCAAUAGCCAGUGGACCUUGCAGCACCCACCAAUCACCCACAAAUACGCCACGGACAAUAUCCUGCUCAUGACACCCAUCAAUAGCCCGUCCCCCCUCUCCACUAUCUGUGUAUAAAACGACUCGUAAGUUUUUAGCACAAUAUUUUAAGAAAAUAACUUAGUCUUAUACAUGGGCAAAAACGGUUGUUUUUCUUUUAUGUUUGAAAAAUAACUGCACAUGGCAUUUGGCUCCUAAGUUUUAUAUCUCGGUUUCUAACCCUGAUCACAGUGUGCUAUGGAAAUCCUGAUGGACUAUUAUGUUCACAUAUUUAUUUCCAUAUUUCUCAAAGCCUUCCCUGUUGCUUCUUUCAAAACUCAUUGUGACAAAGCUUAUAUAAUGCAAUAACUUCCAAAGCAUCGUGCUGUUCUCAGUUGGUAUCCUACAGCAUACACACAUUUGAAGCUCAGUCUUACGGCUCUUGACUCAGAAACAAGUAGCACUGAAAUCUGUGCAGUGUCUCUAGUAUCACAGUCUUAGACCAAGGAUUUAAUAACCUGAUUGUGUACAGGAUUUUGCAGCCUUUGCUUUCUAUUAGUUGGUUUUGGUUGUUGUUUGGGAUUUAUUUUGUACCUGCAGUUGUGUGUCUAAUAUUCUGGACGGAACAAAUACAUAUAUGCAGAUGACUGGAAAAAUAAUGUUAAUGCAUGCAACUAAUUUUCACGUGUCUCUAAUAUUAUUUCCCUACACACCCACUCCCCCCCCCCAAUAAAAGUCACUAAGUUUGUUCCCUGAACACAGUUAUGGCAGAAUCUGAGAAUUUGCCAGCAGCCUUACCAGCAGACUCAAAGUAUAGCUAAACAGUAUUUAGGAGUUCAGUCUCUUACUACCACAGUUGCCAUGCUUACGAAGAUGCAGGAAGUUUGGAAAGCUUAGUGUACAGUUAAUUAUCAAGGACUCUUGUUUUGGAAAGGUGUACUGUGUUUUCAGUUGGACAAAGCAGUACUUCAUACUGAAUUUGCCACAGGGAUGCCACUGAUACCACUAGCAGGUAGUUUCAUAAAUCGUAUUUAUGGAAGACAAUCUUACUCAGCUACAAGUGAUCGGCAAAGAAGAAGAAUUUUCUUAUCCCUGCUGUAACACAUAGAAACAGACCGGACAAACAAGUGCCAUCGCUUGGUGGAAUACAUGCUGGUAGUAUUUGACCAUAAAAACAAGAGGGCGCAGUUGUCCCUAACUGGAGGAGACGUUCUUCAUACUUUGCAAGAGAAAGGGGAAAGAGCAAACCCAAACCAUCCAACUCUGUGGAGGCCAGAAUAUGGAAGCUAUAUGAUUGAGGGGACCCCUGGGCAACCCUAUGGAGGGACAAUGUCCGAAUUUAACACUGUGCAAGACAACAUGAGAAAGCGACGCCUGGAGGCUGCUUCUGUGCUGAAACAAAACGAAGCUGUUUGCACUGUGACAUCAUUUCCAAGAUUGGGCUGUCCAGGAUUUACGAUACCGGAGUGUGUGCCUACCCCAGUUGAGACAGGAGCCUCCAAGUCUCUCUUCUUCCCGGACGAAGCCAUUAACAAACAUCCCAGGUUUAGUACUUUAACGAGAAACAUUCGACACAGAAGAGGAGAAAAAGUAGUGAUAAACGUACCAAUAUUUAAAGACAAGAAUACUCCAUCGCCGUUCAUAGAAACAUUCCCUAAUGAUGAUGGUGAGGGAGCAAGAGCAGUCAAGCCUGGCCAUGUCUACAUGGAUGCCAUGGGGUUUGGAAUGGGCAACUGCUGCCUUCAGGUAACAUUCCAGGCUUGCAGCAUCUCUGAAGCAAGAUACCUUUAUGAUCAGCUAGCAACCAUCUGUCCCAUUGUGAUGGCUUUAAGUGCGGCAGCUCCAUUCUACAGAGGCUACGUGACAGAUAUCGAUUGCCGUUGGGGAGUCAUAUCUGCCUCCGUAGACGACAGAACGAGGGAGGAGAGGGGAUUGGAGCCAUUGAAGAACAACCGCUACAGAAUCAAUAAAUCCAGAUACGAUUCCAUAGACAGUUAUCUCUCUGAAUGUGGUGAAAAAUACAAUGACAUUGAUUUGACGGUAGAUAAAGAAAUCUACGAGCAGUUAGUAAAGGAAGGCAUUGACCAUCUGUUGGCCCAACACAUUGCUCAUUUAUUUAUCCGUGAUCCUUUGACUCUGUUCGAAGAGAAAAUACAUCUGGAUGAUGCAAAUGAAUCUGACCACUUUGAGAAUAUUCAGUCAACAAACUGGCAGACAAUGAGAUUCAAACCACCACCUCCGAAUUCAGACAUUGGAUGGAGGGUUGAGUUCAGACCAAUGGAGGUCCAGUUAACAGACUUCGAAAAUUCCGCCUAUGUUGUCUUUGUAGUGUUGCUGACUCGAGUCAUUCUCUCCUACAAACUGGAUUUUCUCAUUCCUUUGUCCAAGGUGGAUGAGAACAUGAAAGUAGCUCAGAAACGGGAUGCUGUUCGGCAAGGCAUGUUUUAUUUCAGAAAAGACAUUUGUAAAGGUGGCAAUGCUGUAGUGGACGGAUGUGGGCCAGCUCAAAAUGGUACAGAGACAGAUUCUGAAGAGUAUACCUUAAUGAGCAUAGAUACAAUAAUCAAUGGAAAGGAAGGAGUAUUUCCUGGAUUAAUUCCAGUUUUGAACUCUUACCUUGAAAACAUGGAAGUGGAUGUAGAUACAAGGUGCAGCAUUCUAAACUAUCUGAAACUCAUUAAAAAGAGAGCAUCAGGAGAAUUAAUGACAGCCGCUCGAUGGAUGCGAGAGUUUGUCGCAAACCACCCAGCAUACAAACACGACAGUGUGAUUACCGAAGAGAUUAAUUACAGCCUGAUUUGGAAAUGCUACCAAAUUGCCGAAGAGCAAGUUGAAUGCCCUGAACUACUUGGUAACAAAGUAAAAUACAGCGGAACUAAAAGCGGCACUUUUUGAUGAAAGGUUUUGAUCCAUUGUGGAGGGGGCGGGGGACAUUCUCUGCUAAAGCACUAGCUAUAUUUACUGGUGUGAAUACCUGCAGUUUCAUAGUGUGAAGACCAAAAAUGGUUCUACUGCACUAUUAAGAUGGGCCAAUCUGCCUAAUAUUCUCUUAAACUUCCUACAAUAGGUGUAUUCUUAUAUUUAAGGUUUAUACUGUGUACAUGUAAAUAGUAAAAUAUUUUUUUGAUUUAACAUCACUGUAUUUUAAUAACAUUAUACUGAAAGUCAUUGUGAACCAGCUUGUAACUUUUUAUAUGCUUAUUCUGGAAGAGAGAGAAAAAGUCCAUGUUCUCAAACAGCUUUGCAAAGGUACUGUAUGGGUACUUGUAUAUUAUCAGCAUUCCAGACCUUGAAUGUUUACUCUGACUUUUGUUACCUGGAAUGCACUGAAUCUACUGUACUUUAAAGAAAAGAGAAGAAAUCAGAACCCGAUUCACAUAGAUAUACCUUCCUGUUCUGCCAAGAGAAGAGAUAAUAGCAGUGCCUAUCCUUCUGCCACGCUGACGUUGGUGGAAUCGGUAGACAUUAGUCCUACUGUUGUAAAUGGAAUACGGCGAAUCUAAAAUUCUCCCUCCUUUAUUCGGUUUGGGUAUAAAUUGGUAUAUGUUCCUACACUAAGGGUGCUUUUGCCCUUUUUGCAAAAGUCUUUGACACCUUCAGUUAAAGGGGAACGUGUCACUGAUGUGUUGCUUCCUAAUAGACAGAGAAUCUUUUUUAAGUUCCUUCGAUAUCGCUUGUCGCAGAGGAGUAAUUAAUGAUUGGCACGAGCAUCCUCUGUGGUUGAAGGUAACAUGACUCUAGUUCGGGUAACGGGAGUUACCAUAACUCCAAUAUGUUCUCACUUCGUUAUUUUCUGGCCCAGUUCAUUUGUGGUGGCUUGUCACCUCUGAUGGUCAGACUCAAUUAGCAGAUUGAGGAAAGAAGCAUUUUUUGGUGAUUUCUCUCUCCCCCCCCUCAAAUGUUCCAGAAGGUCCCUUCAACAGACUGCGCUACAAGGCAAAGGGGGGGAGGGAAUCAACAGUUGAGCACCUCCGUUCUGCUGCUGCAGUCUUUCCACCUCAUAUAUUUUCCCAGGGCAUAAGAUCUGGAGCCAUGAUGGAGAAUCAGGCAAGUGCCUCAGCCCAUUCUUCAGCUCCACUAUACCUGCAAGAAACUCACUGCAUACCUGGAAAGAACCAAAUUGCACAUUUCUUCGCUCUUUUAAAAGCUUGAAAGGAAAACGAGAGCUCCAGUUCUGUCUUAAAGUCUAGACUUGGAUGCAGCACAAAAAUAAAGAGGAUAUUAAAUUGCAGCAAACAGAUUGCAAGAUGCGGUUUCCUCUCUCUUUGUGACGCAGUUAAACGUGCCCAACAUUUCUUAUAACCUGUAUCCUCUUUAGUAUAUAACUAAUGAUUUCAAGAAGAAUCAUGAAAUGCACUAAUAUAUCUGUGAGUCAGGAACCUCUGAAACAUAAAGGAAUUGUAUAGAAUUUAAGACUAAAGACAGUUGCUGUGAUUUGUACAUAAUAAUAACCUGAGAUUUAGUGGGGGUGGGGGGAGAAGAGGCUUUAAUAUUAUCUGCUUAAAGUAAGAGUACAGUAAGUCGCUUUUACUGUAUGAUAGGUUAUGAAAUACUUAAUAACAAGCGUAUAUAAAUAUCCUAAGGUGUAGUGACUUAACAAAGAGCCCGUGGGAGGAAAACUGCAGUAAAACUGCGUUGAUAACCAUAUGCCUGCCAAGAGAUUAGAACUCAUUUGGUGUUCAUAAGUGUGCAUUAGGAAGUGCUUGUAUCAGGUUGCAACUGAGGGGGGGCACAGGCUCACUCAUCUGUGGAAUGAACAGAAAUUUGCAAUAUAUGGUGGAUGUCUGAGUGUAAAUCUAAUUCAUAGACAUAUUUUCCACAGAAGUUGAAAGCAAAUAAAGUUUUUUUAAAAAGAA